GCCAUCGUUUCCAUUUUACCAACGUAUACAAUAUAUGGGCUUACAUAUAUACGCGCAUACUUCUUCAAGCCAUAGGCGUGUGCAAGCAUCAUCGCAAAACCUGGCUAAUGCUGCGUUGGCAACGCGGCCUUCCUGAAGCGCUACAUCGUAGGUUAGGGACCAUAUUUUACAUACCCAAGUGCACUGCACAACACGGCUCCCGGUGCAGGGCCGCCGCGGCAAGCAAAGCCAGCUCGUCGCGCACUGCUGCUGGCGACAAAGCAACUUCAGGAGGCACAUUCACAGCAGCCUUUAGACUCCCACGGCUAUCCACCUCCACCGCCGCAGCCUCGACCUCAGCCUCAGCGUCACCCUCGCCACCCACGCCGGCCGGUGCUGGUCAGCCUACGCCCCGUGCCACCACCGCCAACAACAACACUAGCAGCCCGCACGGCCUCAGCAGCUUCGGCGGCCUUAACCCUGUGCAACGCGCCAUGGCGUCUGGGGAGCCGCUGCCGCGGGUGCUGUCGGUGCAGAGCCACGUGGUGCACGGCUACGUGGGCAACAAGUGCGCGGUGUUCCCGCUGCAAGUGCUGGGGCUCGAGGUGGAUCCCAUUUACAGCGUGCAGUUCUCCAACCACACCGGCUACCCGCUGUUCAAGGGCGCCGUGUUCGACGGCGAGCAGCUGCGCGCGCUGGCGGCGGGGCUGGAGGCCAACAAACUGCUCAACCACACGCACCUGCUCACGGGAUACAUUGGCAGCCUGUCGCUGCUGGAAGCCAUCGCCGACCUGUGCGCCGUGAUGAAGUCCCACUCGCCGCACCUCACGUACGUGUGUGACCCGGUGCUGGGCGAUGAGGGGCGGCUGUACGUGGCGCGGGAGCUGGCGGACGCCUACGCCGCCCACAUCAUGCCGCUGGCGUCCGUGCUGGUGCCCAACCAGUUCGAGGCGGAGACGCUCACGGGCGGCGGCGCCAUUGGUAGCGUGGAGGCGGCGCUGGAGGCGUGCGACAAGCUGCACGCCCGCGGUCCCCACACGGUGGUCAUCACCAGCAUGUCGCUGCCGAGCGACCCAGAUACCAUCACGCUGGUCGCCUCCACGAGGCAGCCGCAGGACGCAGGCGGGCGGCUGGGCGGCGCGACGGCCAUGUGCAUGCGCAUAGACCGCAUCAAAGCCUACUUCACCGGAACAGGCGACCUGUUUGCCGCGCUGCUGCUGGCGUGGAUGCACCACCACCCCGGGGACCUGGCCCUGGCGGUGGAGAAGGCCGUGGGAGGGCUGCAGGCGGUGCUGGCCGAGACGGUGCGGCACUGCGGCGCGGCAGCGCUGGUGGCCGAGCGCACCGCAGAGGUGUGUGCGCUGCGGGAGCUGCGGCUCAUACAGUGCCAGGGGCAGCUGCAGGACCCGCCCAUCAAGUACCGCUGCAGCCCGCUGGAGCGGCGGCAGGACGGGGCGGCGGCAGCAGCGGCAGGAGUGGGGCCGGCAGCGGGGGCGGCAGGCGAGGUGCAGGGGCAGGGACAAGAGCAGCUGGCGCCGGUUUAGGAGUGGUGCCAGGUGGCGUGCGCUGCUAAGUUGGAGCGGGUUGCCGUGGCGGAAGUGGCCGCCGCGCAGUAGGAGCACGGGCGUGGGCGAGUGGCCCAACCGCCCAAGGCCCAAGAGGGAGAAGCAGAAGGCACCGACAAGCGGGGCGAGGCAGCUGAGCGCUGUGUAGUGCAGACAGGCUGGUCCGUGGCGACUCGUUUCCGGGUCGCGCACGGCUAGGGUUGUGACCGGGAACAGCUAGUGGUAACCGCGAGCAGUCGGAGUUAGCACUCGUGAUUCAUAUCCUAAGCCUGGAAGGCUGGAACCGCUCGCCAUGGCCUUUCCGGGGCCGAACGGAUGGGGCCAGAUGGGGCCGACCGGAUACAUCUGACUCUAAA